CUGGCGGAGAGGCGGCGGGCCGAGCGAACGAUGCCGAUGCCGGCGCCAGGGGGCGGCCGCUGCGCGUCCAGCCCAGCUCUGAAGGCUGACCAGCUGCUCCUUUCUGGGCUGCUUUGCAGAUGUUGAUCAUCUACACAAAUUAGAGUCUCCAUGGCCCGGACGUUAUCUAAAAAUCAUUUUGAGUAAAAGAUCCGUUGAGUAACGUGAUCACAGCAUCAAGAUGGUGGGAAAACUAAAGCAGAAUUUAUUAUUGGCAUGUCUGGUGAUCAGCUCGGUGACUGUGUUUUACUUGGGGCAGCAUGCCAUGGAGUGUCAUCACCGAAUAGAGGAGCGCAGUCAGCCAGUCAGACUGGAGAACGUCAAGGCCACCCCCAGAACCGGUUUGAGCCUUCAAGCCAACAAGACUGUCACCUACCACAAGGACAUGCCUUUAAUCUUUAUCGGGGGAGUGCCUCGGAGCGGGACCACGCUCAUGCGGGCCAUGCUGGAUGCCCACCCCGACAUCCGUUGUGGAGAGGAGACCAGGGUCAUCCCUCGAAUCCUAGCCCUCAAGCAGAUGUGGUCCCGGUCCAGCAAAGAGAAGAUCCGGCUGGAUGAGGCUGGCGUCACUGACGAAGUGCUGGAUUCUGCCAUGCAGGCUUUCUUACUGGAGAUUAUUGUGAAGCAUGGGGAACCAGCCCCUUAUCUGUGUAACAAAGAUCCUUUUGCCCUGAAGUCACUGACUUACCUGGCCAGGUUAUUCCCCAAUGCCAAAUUUCUUCUUAUGGUUCGAGAUGGGCGUGCAUCUGUACAUUCCAUGAUUUCCCGAAAAGUCACCAUAGCUGGAUUUGAUCUUAACAGCUACAGGGACUGUUUAACAAAGUGGAACCGUGCCAUAGAGACCAUGUAUAACCAGUGUAUGGAAGUUGGGUAUAAAAGGUGCAUGUUAGUCCAUUAUGAACAGCUUGUCCUGCAUCCUGAGCGGUGGAUGAGAACGCUCUUAAAGUUUCUCCACAUCCCAUGGAACUACUCAGUAUUGCACCAUGAAGAGAUGAUCGGGAAGGCAGGGGGCGUGUCUCUGUCUAAGGUAGAGAGAUCGACAGACCAAGUCAUCAAACCAGUCAAUGUGGCAGCACUAUCAAAGUGGGUUGGGAAGAUACCCCCUGAUGUCUUACAGGACAUGGCAGUGAUUGCUCCCAUGCUGGCCAAGCUCGGGUACGACCCACAUGCCAAUCCACCCAGUUACGGAAAGCCGGACCCCAAAAUUCUUGAAAACACCAGAAGGGUCUAUAAAGGAGAAUUUCAGCUACCCGAUUUCCUUAAAGACAAACCACAGAAUGAACCCGGCGAGUAGAGAAGAGUGGAGACAUCUCCGUCACACCCAAGGAAGGAAUUCUGCCUUUUCAAGGGAUGGGUGAUCUCUAGCAACAUCCGUCCAUCCGUCUGUCCGUCCAGUGACUGGGACUUCCCGACCUGCGUCUCGGGCCUCUUUCUCUCUGUUCUCUCUCGUCCGUCACCUUCCCGUGUGUGGUUCCAUCACGUGCGCUGCAGCUGUCACAAAUGAAUUAUUUCUCUGCCAGGACACUCACGUACUUCAGUGGUAACAGAGUAAGAUAUUACGUGGAGUGAGGACAUUAGCAGGGGUAAAAGGUCAGGAGGAAAAAGAUGCCCACCUGGGCCAGAUCUCUGCUGCAGCUGCUCUGAUCCACAUCUUUCCUUAAUCUGAUUCUAAACCUUCGACCUGUAACAUGGAUUUCUCUAAAGAAGACUGAAGGAUCUAAGCGGGGGGGCUGGGGAGCUUUUGGAAUGGGUGGUCUGUGCUCGUCCCAAAUGUUUUGUAGAACAGUUGUUCCUGUUGAAAUCUUAUUAAUGUGGAUGAUGUUAAAUAGCUUAAUUAUUUAAAGAAUUAUGUGUUAUUUCUGAGAGGGUGGGGAAUCAUGUACAUUUACAAUUCAAUGACUUUUGUAUUUUAUUUUUCAAAAUAAAAGCUUUAAAUGUGAGGCUUCCCAGUGGUGCGUAGUAUGAUGCCAGAGCUGCUUCGUGC